UGAUAUCCCUCGCAGCUAAAGCGCAAGCUGCACUUCGAAGUUGGGCAACUGGGGCUCGCUUGCGCCGUACCGCUGCACGCGCCAUUUUUACGAAUUUGAACAAAGGCGAGAAGCUGCGUCGGCUCUCCCGCAGUCCGCACAGAAAAACCAUGAGUUCCGCCGACAAGCAAGCCGACGUCGCGACGCAGCAGGCCGACGAAGUCAUCUCGGCCAAGGAGAAGGGUGCUGGUGACGCAAAGACGGAGAAGUCGCCGCAGAAACGGUCUUCGGCCGAGGUGACUGAAGAUGAUGACGUGAAGAAGAAGGUUCAGAAGACUGACCACAAAGACAAGAAGGAGAAUGGCGAAUCAGAUGACAAGUACGAGGAGGGCGCCGGUGACGACGACGGAGGCGAUGAUGAUGAUGACGAAGCCGUUCCCGAUGGGGAGGACUACGACGACGAAGGGGAUGACCCCGAGGGAGACGACGAUCCCGAGGACGAUGAUGAGGAUGAUGCGUAAAGUGGCUAGUGGGGACCGACGACGACACGCUGCUGCUGCGCGCCUUCCCUCUCCUCGCCACUCCCUCCCCCUUUCCUUCCGUCCGCGCUCUCUCCAAGAAAAGCUAGGGGAAAACUGCAGUCCCUUCAGCCGCUGCAAGUGAUGAUGAAGUCACCGCUGCCUCCAUCCCCCCGUGUCUUCUAGCCAGCAGUCGUCAGUUUUCUUCGUCGGCCACAUCUGCGCCAGUUGGGUUGACAGCUCGACGGAACACCCGCCCGCUGGUGAAUGACAUUCGUCGCUGCCUCUCUCUCCUGCCGCUGUGUGUGGCUGGGCGUGCGUGGUUUCUUUUUUUGUGUGUAUGUGUGUGUGCACCUUCUGCUGCAGCAGCGUCUUCAUCCUUGCGCCAGCUGGAGGGACUGGUCUUUCCUCUCGUCCGACCUCUUUCCCUCCCAGUCUCUUCCCCUUGCCUCCCAUCUCGCCUCGUCCCCCUCUUUCUUUGAGCGGUCUCUUUGUUUUUAUAUUGUAUUGAGUUUUUCUCUUCGUUUGUCUCUCAUCAAGAACUCAUCAGUCACACACCUCCGCCGUUUUGUUCAUGGUUUCUUUUCCUCUUUUUUUUUUGGCUCUCCAAGGAAGACAAAAACAUUUGGGCAUCGUUGCAUGUGCGUAUGGGACAAAGUAGACUGGUUGCCAAGGUUUUUCCCUGUUGUAAUUGGUCGCUCACACUUUUGAUUGGUUUAUGAACUUCUUUUUAUUGUUGGGCUGCCUUGUAUGACGAAAGUGUUCUCACUGGAGCAUCGUACUUUGUUUUUUAUUUUAAUUAGCACUUGCAUCCUCUUGAAAAGGGGAUUGUCAAUUUUUGUUUCAGUGGUUGCAGCAUGUCUCUUCUUCCUUUACAUCUUGUGCCGAACAUCCAGAGUUGUUUCUUUUCAACCUCAUUCUGUCACUCGCAUCACAUACAUCAUGACAAAUUGAAAUUUGCAAGGAGCCAUUGUGCAAACUUUUGAAGUCUGGCACUUCCAUGUUUUUGUUUACGCAAAGUGCAGCUUGUAAAGCAUUGCUUUUGUUUUGAACCAUUGUAUCAAUGUUUUGUUUCAUCUCUGCAAACAUGGUCUGUCAUAUUGUAAAAUGUUUCGGCGACUGUGUAAUAGACCAUCAUUGUUUUUCACAAGGAAAAAAAAAGAAUGUGGCUCUUGAGAAAGGCCAGGGUCGAAGCAGGUCAUUGCUGAAUGUGUGUACCACAAGUUAUAAAUUAAUAGGAAGUCACAACUAGUGCGUGGUUGUUCAAGGUGCUAGGUGUUCUUUUUUGCCUGGCUGCUGGCAUGUGGGGCAUCUGGUGUUGAGUGCCGUGCGACUGUUGCGACGUUUAUGUACUGUGUUCAAACACGCUUGGCUAGAGUGUGGUGUGCAGAUGGCAUGCGCGCAUUUCCUUGCAUCACUGGUAGUUCUAUCAUCGAAGCAAGCAACCAAGAAAAAACUUUGGAUUUCCUCUAUCCCGGUUACUCACCUUCUUUUCCGACAUCAAUUUAACGGCAUGCACUCUCAAUGCAACCACAACUGUUUAUAUUUUUCUUUGUCGGUGGGAAAUGCGAAAAGAAACCACAUUGGAUCAGCCAAUAAACUGUCAUUCGAUUUUGCAUCAUCACCAAACAA